AAAGUACCAUCACUAAUGCCAACACCAAACACAUGUUAUUCCACUUUACAACGAAUUUAUUUUUUGUUUAUUAGCUGCAGAUUUUAAAAAGAAUGCCACCAAAGAAGGAUGCCAAGGGCGGUGGGGCCAAAGGUGGUGCAAAAAAGCCAGCAGCUGAUGAUAAAGCUGCCGGCAAGGAAAAGAAAGGUGGAAAUGCUGUGAAAGUACGUCACAUCCUUUGCGAGAAGCAAGGCAAGAUUACGGAGGCCAUGGAAAAGUUAAAGGCGGGACAAAAGUUCCCAGAAGUGGCUGCUGCCUACAGCGAGGACAAGGCACGACAGGGCGGAGAUUUGGGAUGGCAGAUACGGGGAGCCAUGGUUGGACCAUUUCAGGAUGCUGCCUUUGCCCUGCCCAUCUCGACUGUCAAUAAUCCCGUAUACACCGAUCCACCAAUUAAAACGAAGUUUGGCUAUCACAUCAUUAUGGUGGAGGGCAAGAAAUAAAAAGAUUUUCAAAUAUUUAUUAUUCUGAUUUUAUAAA